CAGAGAUGAGACCGCAAGUUAAUGGCCGGUUCGCAAAGAGAGAAAUUGAAACCGAGGACCAAGGGUUCAACACGAUGCUAAUGUACAACACAUGAUAUCGAGUUGUUCCUUCUUUCUGAUA